AUGGCUGACUUCGAGGAUUCCGCCGCUCGCUAUGAAGACGAUCGUGCUUACGGCCGCGACCGAUCAGCUUCACCGCGUGGUGAUCGAGACGAGCGCAACCGCAGCCGAUCUCCCAAUGGCCGCGACAGACCCCCACCACCGCCCUCUGACACCCGAAUGAAGGAUUCCGAAGAUGACGGCGCGCAGAAUCCUGGCUCGAACCUUUUCGUCACUGGCAUUCAUCCACGCUUGACUGAGAGCGAUGUCACGCGUCUCUUCGAGAAGUAUGGUGAGGUCGAGAACUGCUCAAUCAUGCUCGACCCUCAUACCAAGGAAUCUCGUGGAUUCGGCUUCGUCAAAAUGGUCACAGGCGAUCAAGCUGAGGCUGCUAGAGAAGGACUACAAGGUGAGGUGAUUGAAGGUCGAACUUUGAGCAUUGAAAAGGCUCGUCGUGCUCGGCCUCGCAGCCCCACACCAGGCAAAUAUUUCGGCCCUCCUAAGCGUGGCGGUAAGGCUUCCAGACUGAUGUGCUAUCCUCAUCACGCUAACAUUAUAGAAGGUCCAAUGGGUGGUGGACGCGGUGGCCCGCCGCGAGGUGGCUACCGCGACCGCUAUGACGACCGUCGGGGAGGUCCGCCGCGCCGCGAUGACUACCGUGGUGGCUCUCGCUACGACGACUAUGACCGCCGUGGUGGUGGUGGAUAUGGCGAUGACUAUGAACGUCGUGGCUAUGGCGGCGGCGGCUCCAGACGUGACAGAGACGACAGCUAUGGCGGCCGCGGCAUCGAUCGAUACGAAAGCAGACGUGACGAAGGCGGCUACAGUGGUGGACGCGGUGGCGGCAGCGCCAGCGCCAGCGGAGGCGGCGGUGGCGGCGGCGGCGGCGGCGAUCGACGUGGAUACUACGAGCGCGAUGCCGAGCGUAGCUACCCUCCUGCUGCCCGUGAGGAUGCGCCUGCUCGCGAGUACACCGGCAGCCGAGACUAUCCUCGCGAAGACCGUUAUGCCAGCAGGUAA